AUGCUGCUCAACCCAGAGCUACACUGCAGGACUUCACCGACUGAUGUCCUGGCCUUCUUGGGGGGAUUAACUCUUGCUUUCUACCUGAUGAAACUCACUUGGAGAUGUUGGUGUGGACUCAGAGCGUUUAUCUUGUCUGAGCAUUGGCAGGUGGAUUUUAGGACGUAUGGACGGUGGGCAGUUGUAACUGGUGCCACAUCUGGUAUUGGUAAAGCGUAUGCCUUUGAGCUGGCCAAGAGAGGUCUGGAUGUUGUUUUGAUCAGCAGAUCUGAAGAUAAGCUGCGAAUAGUUGCCAAAGAGAUUGAAAAUGAAUAUGAUAGAAAGACUCGCACUAUUCGAGUGGACUUCACGGAUGGCUGCAACAUUUACCCUGCUAUAGCCAAGGAACUUCAAGGCCUGGAGAUUGGAAUUCUUGUUAACAACGUGGGAAUGAUCUGUUCUGAUAAUUUUGCCUAUUUUCUGGAAAUACCAGAAGCUGAAGAGAAAAUCACUCAGAUUAUCAACUGCAACAUGUUGUCUGUUCCUCAGAUGACCCGAUUGGUUCUUCCAAGCAUGGUGGAAAGAGAAAAGGGAUUGAUCAUCAAUAUUUCAUCUGAAAUGGGUGUCCGUCCUCAGCCUUUGUUGGCUCUUUACUCUGCGUCCAAGGUUUUUGUUACAUAUUUCUCUCAGUGUCUGCAUGCAGAGUACAAGUCAAAAGGAAUCACUGUUCAGUGUGUGGCCCCCCUCAUGGUGUCCACCAACAUGACACACAACAUGACGGUCAACGGUUUGGUGAAGAGUGCUCCUGCGUUUGCCUGCGAGGCCAUAAAAACCGUGGGUCAUUCCAGCUACACCAGUGGCUGCCUGUCUCACGCCCUACAGAGUGCAGCGCUCGAGCUCUUCCUGCCCGACUGGCUUCGGAUGUCAACAUUCCUCAUCAGGAAACUGAGAAACCUUCCAAGAAUUAAAGUACAUGGGAACAAAGCAAGUAAAGAAAAGGAAAGACUUAUUGCAAAGGAGUAG